AUGGGCGACAGCUACUCUGCCACCUCUGGCCAUACUGCCACUACGGCUGUGAACAGGCCGACCAUCGACACCACCGCCGCCACACAGGAAAAGCUUGAUCCUACGCGCCUUCAAAGUAUGGACAGCUCUAGUGCGAAGCGUAUGCACAGUCUCGAAAUCCCUCUCGACAAUAUUCGCUCUCCCCCUUCUCCCGCUGUUGGCGUCAACCCUGCCCUUUUCCGCAAGCAGACUUCCCUCGAUCUCGAUGACUACUUCACUGGUCCUCGUGAUAUCCAAAAGCACUCAAAAUGGCCUCUUGUCAUGCAGAUGCACGGCUCCAUCAUGCCCAAGCUUAUCAUCCCUCUUGUUCUUAUCGCUGCUUGGUCGACUGCCAUCACAAUCAUCCACUACCACUACCCCAAGAUUGAAGUCAACUCUGUUCUGCUCACCAUUCUGGGUUUCGUCGUCGGUCUUAGUCUGUCUUUCCGAUCCUCGACUGCUUACGAGCGUUAUGCUGAAGGUCGUCGAUACUGGGGCACACUCACCAUGGCUUCCCAGACUCUGGGCCGUGUCAUCUGGAUUCAUGGCAAGGACGUGCCAGACCAAGACCCCCGCGAGUCGAUUCUGAAGAAGAUUGGCGCGAUGAACCUCAUUGUUGCAUUCGCCGUCUCUCUUAAGCACGCCCUGCGAUUUGAGCCCUACAGUGCCUACCCCGAUAUGGAACAUCUCAUCGGCCACCUCAACACCUUUGCCAAGGAAGCUACUGCGGCUGAUCCCGACGCUUGCUCAUUGAAGAAGAAGAACAUUUUCAAGUCUGUUGGAGAGUACCUGGGCGUGUCAUUUGCUCAGAGCAACCCUCGAAAGGCCCUUAAGAAGACUGACAAGCCUCUCGGCAACCUGCCUCUCGAGAUCCUCAACCAUCUUGCCGUUACUAUCGAUCGUAUGGUCGGCCAAGGACAGCUCGAUGUCCCUAUGCAACAGACUCUCGCUUAUAACAAUCUCACAUUGAUGAACGACUGCAUGACAGGAUGUGACCGAGUUCUCAACACUCCCCUUCCCAUUGCAUACACCAUUGCCAUCAGUCAGAUUACCUUUAUCUACGUCUUUGUCCUCCCCUUCCAGCUUGUUGGACCGCUCAAUUGGAUUACUAUUCCCGCUUCCGUUGUUGCAGCUUACAUCAUUUUCGGACUUCUCUUCAUCGGCCAAGAGAUUGAGAACCCCUUCGGACAGGACGUCAACGAUCUUCCUCUCGAGAUUUACUGCGAUCAAAUUGCUGCUGACUUGGAUGUUAUCGCGUCUCAUGAUAAGCGCGAGCCGGAUACGUUCCUCCUCAGUCACAACAGCAUGCCUCUGUACCCAGUCAGCACCGCCUCUUCCAACGCUUGGAUGAAGCGCAGUGACGAGAAGCUUCGCCAGGCCAUCAAGGACAAGCCCAACACCAUGUUUGAGUGGCGCAAGGAGAUUGCUCGCAAGAAGCAAAGCGGCGCCAAGUUUGGUACCAACGACAUGAUGACCCCUGGUGAUCAUAAUGUCUAA